UCCGUGACGUCACCUGGAGAGCAACCAAUCGCGAGGCGCUCCUCUCUAUAAAAGUUUCCCCCGCUGGACUACUGCAGCACUCAUCUGGAGAUAAUUGUCUCUGGACAGAUAGACUGAGCUCAGAAGAGGAGAAAUAUUCGUCCGAUCGAUCUGGGUGACCAGUUCAGCGUCUGCAAGAGCGACGAUUAUUAAAGGAAACCAUGCCUCUUACGGUUCUUCCCAUGUUGGGCCCGAUUUCUGUGUCUGAGAGCCUCGUGGCCAUCAUCACGAUAUGUGUGGUGUAUCUGCUCAUGCGCCUCACUCGAAUUAAGAUCCCAGAAGGCCUCCAGAAGCUGCCGGGUCCGAAGCCUCUGCCCAUCAUCGGAAAUGUUCUGGAAGUGGGAAACAACCCACAUCUGAGCCUGACCGCCAUGAGUAAGUGCUACGGGCCGGUCUUCCAGGUCCAGAUCGGCAUGAGACCCGUGGUAGUGCUCAGCGGAGAGGACGUGAUCCGCCAGGCGCUCCUCAAACAAGGCGACGAGUUCGCCGGACGUCCAGACCUCCACAGCUCCAAGUUCAUCAGCGACGGGAAGAGCUUGGCCUUUAGUACGGAUCGGGUGGGUGUCUGGCGAGCCCGUCGCAAGCUGGCCCUCGGCGCCCUGAGAACCUUCUCCACGGUGCAAGGAGAAAGCGGCGAGUAUUCCUGCGCCCUCGAGGAGCACAUCAGCAAGGAAGGGCUCUACCUGAUCGAAAGGCUUCACAGCGUGAUGAAGGCCGACGGGAGCUCCGAUCCCUUCCGGCACAUCGUGGUGUCUGUGGCCAACGUGAUCUGCGGGAUUUGCUUCGGCCGGCGCUACAGCCACGACGACAUGGAGCUGGUGAGCUUGGUCAACAUGAGCGACGAGUUUGGGAAGAUCGUGGGAAACGGCAAUCCGGCGGAUUUCAUCCCGUUCCUCCGCAUCCUGCCCAGCACCACCAUGAAGAAGUUCGUGGACAUCAACCAUCGCUUCGGCAAGCUGGUGAAGAAGAUCGUCAACGAACAUUAUGACUCGUUCGACAAGGAUAACAUCCGAGACAUCACGGAUUUGCUGAUCAACCACUGCGAAGACCGGAAACUGGAUGAGAACUCCAACGUCCAGGUGUCCGAUGAGAAGAUUGUGGGAAUUGUCAGCGACCUCUUCGGAGCCGGUUUUGACACUAUCAGUACGGCUCUGUCUUGGGGUGUCGUCUAUCUAGUGGCCUACCCUGAGAUCCAGGACCGACUGCAAAGAGAGCUGAAGGAAAAGAUCGGAAUGGACCGUAUGCCACGCUUGUCGGACAGAGCAGACUUGCCGCUUCUCGAGGCCUUCAUUCUGGAGAUCUUCCGUCAUUCGUCCUUCCUUCCUUUCACCAUUCCUCACUGUACGUCUAAAGACACGUCACUCAAUGGAUAUUUCAUUCCCAAAGACACCUGUGUGUUUGUAAACCAGUGGCAGGUCAACCACGACCCAAAGCUGUGGAAGGAUCCUUCGAGCUUCAACCCCGACCGAUUCCUCACCGCGGACGGUAUGGACCUAAACAAGAUGGAAGGAGAGAAGGUGUUGGUUUUCGGUCUUGGGAAGCGGCGCUGCAUCGGGGAGUCCAUCGGACGCGCUGAGGUCUUCCUGUUCCUGGCCAUCCUUCUCCAGAGGUUAAAGUUCAGCGGGAUGCCGGGGGAAAUGCUGGAUAUGACACCGGAGUACGGGCUGACCAUGAAACACAAACGCUGUAUGCUGCGCGUCACGCCACAACCCGGCUUCGAAAUCCCUGGCUCCGCACCAUAAUCUGAACACAAAAACGACGUUGCUUUUUGAGUUGAGAUCCGUAGAGCCUUCAUUUGCGAUUCUGGUUUGGCGCGAACCUCGCUGCCAGCUUGCGAUGCCAAAUAUUUGAAAGAGGUUUGCAGGGCAACGCAUCUGGCGCGUUUUAAUGCAGUUAUUUCAACCAUGCUGGAUAACCCAGAGUGUGCAUGUGGCUUUAUCGCCUUUAUCGUGUACAUACAUCUAUGUUUUCACAUGCACAUGCACGUAUGCAUGGGUUCGUCCUUUCAAAACUCAAACGCCGAUGCUGAUAAAAUAUUUGAGCUUCCAAAUAUAGUGCACAGAUAACACGGAGUGCCUGUCCCUGCUCAUGGGCCUUAUACCGUUUUCGCGUGCGUCUGUCAGACGAAUGCCUUCUAUUGUCAUAAGCUUAAUGCAGAUGCCUCAGGUCUGCCGGACUACUUACACUGAAGCUAUUUUCUGUUUGAUUACGAUCCCAAAAUGUGAUCCACUUGUAAAUACACAGCCACUUUUACCGUGCCCCGAUCUGACGUUUGUUGAAGAUUUGUAUCUACCUUUUUAUAUUUAUCGAGGUGCUUCUGAACAUCCAUAUAAUUCUAGAUCAAAUUUACUUCCCUGCAAUUAUGUUUUUGAUGUUUCUGUGACCUGACACUCUUUGCGGCAGGUGCUUAUUGUUUUGUAUAAUGAAGGAAUUUUUAUGUCUGAAGUGCUACAAUUAAUAAUUUGUGCAAACAUGUUCCCAUAUCAACAUUGUUUUUGCAUAGCCUAUUUAUAAUUUGCUGAAUGAAAAAUAAAACUUUCAUUGUGAA